CUUGCAGAACUCAUAUGUUGUUUUCCCACCCACAAGAAACAGGUCUGUCCAGCUUCCUCACUAUCAUUUUUUUUUUUUUUUACCCUCUACUGGUAUUUUUAUAAACAGUACAGUAUUCAUAAUAUCACACCAUCCAAAUUUACUUUUUGUUAUUGGUCCAUAUUGGUUGCUGGGUGAUAAGGUUUUUAUUGGAAUAAUUGUGAUAUAAAGUAUAAUGUACUGUAUGUAAAGGUGCUUCUGGGGUACACACUCAUCUAGCUCCAUCUGUGGUACAGCCAUGGAAAUGCGCUCUGAAAGUCUUCCUGUAUGACCUUUCUAAACAUGGUUGCCAUGAAGAAACUACUGGUUGCUGCUGUUGUUGCUGCCUUUGCAGCUUUCAUUGGACACCGAUUUCUUAAACUAAAGGAAAUGGCUCUCGCUUCCAGAGACAUGCCUAUGAAACACCUCAACUGUCGUUAUUUAAUGAAUAUUGAAUAUGGGGCAGAGGAUAUCACAAUACUAAGAGACGGACUGGCCCUUAUAAGCACAGGGUUGAAGUAUCCUGGAAUGCCUUCUUUCUCCGAUGACCCGGGGAAAAUGUACGUUUUGGACCUGCUGCACCCGAAGCCGACUCCAGUGGAGCUGCAAAUCAAAGGAGGGCUGGACCUCAGCUCUUUCAACCCACAUGGCAUCAGUGUGUACAUCGAUGAAGCAGAUGACGCUGUGUACCUGUUUGUUGUCAAUCACCCUCAGCACAAAAGCCAAGUGGAGAUCUUUCAUUUUGUUCAGGACGACACACUUGUGCACCUUAAAACUAUUACCCACCCCCUACUCCACAGGUAUGUACUCUGUAAUAAACCCUUCACAGUACCACACAUUUUACAUUUGACAAUCUCUAUAGAAUCGUUUAUCUCAUUCAUCAUCUCUUUCAGUGUAAAUGACAUUGUUGCAGUCGGAGUGGAGAGCUUCUACGCCACAAAUGAUCACUCCUUUACCAAUGAGGCACUCCACUUUCUGACUAUCAUCCUGGAUCUCCCCUCGUGUGAUGUGGUAUACUACAGUCCACAGGAAGUGAGGGUGGCAGCCAGUGGCUUUAUGUCCGCAAAUGGCAUCAACAUAUCACCUGACAAACGGUAUAUUUAUGUUUCAGAUAUUUUAGGCCAUGAGAUCGACGUUUAUGAGAGACAAGAAGGGGAACAAUUAGUGCAUGUUAAGUCUGUUGCUGUUGGGUCACUCUGUGAUAACAUCGAGGUGGACCACAGGACAGGUGACUUAUGGCUGGGCUGUCAUCCAAAUGGUAUGAAGUUCUCAACGUAUGACCCUGAAGAUCCUCCCGGCUCCGAGGUUAUCCGGAUCAAGAACAUCCACUCGGAGCAGCCGGUGGUGAGUCUGGAGUACGGUGAUAACGGCCGUGUGCUCAUGGCCUCCUCUGUAGCUGCUCCCUAUGAGGGAAAGUUGCUCAUUGGCAGUGUUUUCCACAAAGCCCUGUGUUGUAAUUUGAAAUAGUCUAUGUAUUUUUUUUCCAUGGUCACAACAAAGACAUGUAAAAAAAAAAGAUUUGGAUGAAUAUGGGAUGAAAAACAAAAUAAAAUCUUGAUUCACCAUUUGCAAAA